UGUUUCCCACCGUAGCCUUGUACCUGGUAGGUGAGCUGGUAGUAAGGAGAGAUAUUGGAGCCAAGCAGCACCAAAAAAGGAAAACUUUUCUCCCACCUGAGAUCUUCUCACAAUUUUCAACUCGCACAAUCGAGAAAGCAAGCAAACGAAAACAUACAAACAAGCAACUUGGCCGCCUCCCAAUUACAGUACCAAGCAGAAUCAAAGCAGAAACCACGACCAUGAUGAAGUCUUCCAAGUCCGAACAACCUGAACUCAACCCACCCGCCGUCACUACCGGUACGGAGGAAAGCAGCAGCGAAGAAGAUGGCGCCCAUUCGCCCCAUACAGGAUGCGGAAUCCUUGGCCGUUACCCUGUCAUGUCUGUGUUGGCAUUCGCCCUUGCUGGCGUCCUUGUGGGCAUUGGUCUUUCCACCUGGGAACCUGAAGACCCUGAAGACAAGGCAACCGCUGUCAAAUGGCUCGGAUUGAUUGGAGACAUGUUCAUCCGUGCCCUCAAGGCUGUUGUGCUCCCUUUGGUCUUUGUCAAUGUGAUCUUGUCCGUAGUUGACAUGAUGCAGGUUGGUCGUGCUGGGACUGUUGGAGUCAAGACCAUUGGAUUGUAUCUCUUCACUACCUUUUUAGCUUCCAUCAUCGGAAUCAUCAGUAUCAUGGUUUUCAAGGGUCUCUUCAAGACAGAAGACCUCGACAAUGACAGCCUGACUCGCGUCCAGUUGGGUUGCAACGAAGAAGAAGGAGCCUAUUUGACCCACGGACCCGACGGAGAUGUUUUUUGCUAUGCUGGAAACUUGACCGAAGGCAUGAGCAGCUACUUCAGCAUCGAAGACGUCGACGGCACGUUUGUCCAAACCUCCUCUGGUCCUGCUGAGCUCAGCUUCUCUGAUACAAUCUACGAUGGUGUCUUUGGAAAACUCAUCACCAGCAACAUCUUUCAAGACUUUGUUGAUGCCAACUUUGCUGCUGUUGUCCUCUUUGCCAUUGCCAUGGGUGCUGCUUUGGCCAAAUCCUUGUACAAUAAGGGAAUGUCCGGAUCCGACUCCACCUUUGUCACCUUCCUGAAGGAAAUCGAUGCCGUCCUUAUCACUCUCAUCCACUGGAUUAUCAUGAUCACACCCUUUGCAGUCUUCUCGCUCAUCUGCAGUGCCGUGGGAUCCCAAGACAACCUGGCUGAUUCUUUCUCCAACGUUGCGUACCUCUGCUUGGCUGUCAUGUCAGGAAUGUUUUUCCAUGUCUUCUUCGUCUACACUGGAAUCUUCUACUUUGUCACCCGCGACAACCCCUUCAGUUACUUCAAGCACAUCCUGCCUGCUCAAACCACCGCUUUUGCCUGUGCCAGCAGUGCCGCCACCAUGCCUGUUACCUUGGAAUGCGCUGAAUCUUCCGGACGCGUCCCCACCACAAUUGCCCGCUUUGUCAUUCCUCUGGGGGCCACCAUCAACAUGGACGGUAGCGCCAUUUACUUUCCCUGCGCUUGUGUCUGGUUGGCUGUCUUGAAUGGCAUUACACCCAACUUUGGAAACUACGUCCUCUUGGCUAUCUUGUCCACCAUUGGAAGUGCCGGAACCGCCCCUGUCCCUUCUGCUGGAUUGGUCAUGGUCUUGACAGCCUACAACAGUGUUUUCGGAACUACUGGAAUCCCCGAUGGAUUUGAGUUUGUGGUGGCCAUUGACUGGUUCUUGGACCGCUUGCAGACUGUUGUCAACGUUUCUGGAGAUACCAUUGUUGCCGCUUCCAUCGCGCACAUGGUCAAGUUGGAAGGCGAGCAUGAGAUUGAUACCCUGAAGGAAGGCGGAGAUCCUGAUUUCAGUAUCAGGACCAAGCGCAUGUCUGUUGUUGACUCCAAUGAUGGAAGCAAUGUGGAAGAGGAAGAGGAAGAAGAAACCCAGAAGGGCGUCCCGUCGGCCCUGAAGAUGCCCGACUUCUCUGUCUAAAAGCUCAUUUUUGAAGAACAAGGAUUGUCCUUGUCAAGCUGUCAAGUUCCACCCACUCUCCGUUUCCAAGCUUCCAAGCUCAACAAGCGGUGGGUCUGACUGGCUGGUGGGCGGAGGAGACUGAGUCCACUAUGGCAUGUCAUGCAUGUACAUGUAUCCUUAAAACUUUUAUCUGACAUUAUUACAAAACACAUUGUCAUUUUGGCAGAACCGCCGAAACCAGUACUGGUAGA